AUGAGACCCAUCAAGUUAAUGGGCCACCAGCGUUCGUUGACGCAAGUCAAGUUCAACCGCGAGGGAGACAUUAUUUUCUCCGUGGCCAAGGACUCCCUGGCGCUGAUCUGGUACUCGUCCAACGGCGAGAGAUUGGGCACUUUGGAGGGCCACCAGGGGACCAUCUGGUCCAUCGACGUGGACCUGAAGACCGAGCUCUGCGCCACCGGGAGCGCCGACCUCAGCAUCCGCUUGUGGAACGUGCAGACCGGCGAAAACGUGUUCACGUGGGACGCGGCGUCGCCCGUCAGAAGAGUGGCGUUUUCGCCCGACAACCUGCAGUUGUUGGCCGUCAACGACAAGGUCAUGGGCAGCAAGGGCGCCAUUUCGGUCUACGACAUCAACUAUGGCAACGUGCACGACCAGCAGGUGGAGCCCAGGCUCGUGAUCGAGACGCGGCCUGACGCCACCAAGGUCACGGUGGCCGGCUGGGCCGCGGAAGGCAAGUACAUCAUUGCCGGCCACGAGGACGGCUUUGUGUCCAAGUACGACGCCGCGACCGGCGAGUUUCUCCAGACCGUGCAGGCGCACGGCAUCCACACGGAGGAGAAGGUGGUGUCCGUGACGGACAUCCAGUUUGCCCAAGACGACAACCUGUACUUCAUCACGUCGUCCAAGGACAAGACGGCCGUGAUCUUGGACGUGGACACGCUCGAGAUCUUGAAGGUGUACAAGGCGGACGCGCCCAUGAACACCGCGGCCAUCACGCCGCGCAAGAACUUUGUGAUCUUGGGCGGCGGCCAGGAGGCCCGCAAUGUCACCACGACCCUGGAGUCGCAGGGCAAGUUCGAGGCGCGCUUCUACCACAAGAUCUUCACGGACGAGAUCGGCAGAGUCAAGGGCCACUUCGGGCCCUUGAACACCGUGGCCGUGCACCCGGACGACAUGGGGUACGUGUCUGGCGGAGAGGACGGGUUCAUCCGCGUGCACUACUACGACAAGUCGUACUUUGACUUUGAGUUUGAUGCCGAGAGGACGGAGCGGGUUUUGGCCCAGGCGCAGGCCAACGCCACGCCCCAGGCCGCCAACUGA